AGGAUUCAGCCUCGUUGGUCUUCAAGGGGUGUCUGCAGCGCAGGCGGAGAGGAAGACGGGAGUGGAAGCCUCGCGGCUUCGGCUGGGGAGUUGAGGCCCCUCUUCCGCCGCAAAACUCCCUGGCCGGCUUUACCCUUGUCGCUUUCUUCCGGCCUGCUCUGUAGGGACGUUGGGAAGGAGGCUGCGCGGACUCUCGCUGAGGAGCAGAGCUGGGGGAGUCUCCGCGCUGCCCGCGGCCGGGUCCUCCCAAGUACAUUUGUUAUGUCAAAAAUACUUCCUGGCGAAAGCUCAGGACAAGAUGAUGUGACUGUCUGCGAUGAAGGUUUUCGACCAAGGCACUGGGGCUUGUUGGCCACUGGCAUUCUUGGGGGCUCACUAGUGGUGCUGUAUUCGAUUGCCACCCCAUUUGUUGCUCCAGCCUUGAGGAAACAUUGUCUACCAUUUGUGCCUGCUACUCCAAAGCAAAUCGAUAAUGUCUUGAGUGUGCUGAAGGGCCGAAGCGGAUCCUUGGUAGACAUAGGUAGCGGUGAUGGACGCAUUGUCAUCGCAGCUGCAAAAGUUGGUUUCAAAGCUGUUGGAUAUGAACUGAAUCCCUGGUUAGUAUGGUAUUCCCGGUACCAUGCUUGGAAAGCAGGGGUGCAUCAUAAUGCUAAAUUUUACAUUUCGGACUUAUGGAAGGUCAGUUUUUCCCAAUAUACAAAUGUGGUUAUUUUUGGAGUACCUCAAAUGAUGCUGCAUCUUGAAGAUAAGCUUGGAGAAGAACUCCAGCCAGAAGCCAAAGUUGUUGCAUGUCGUUUUCCUUUCCCCCAUUGGAAGCCAAGUCAUAGUGUUGGAGAGGGCAUCAACACAGUGUGGGGAUAUAAUUCAGAAUCUUUCAGAAUGAAAAGAAAGAUGACUGAGCUAUGACCAAGCAUACUCCUCCUGUUUCCUUAAAGUUCCACAAGGGCCGUUCCAAUGAUUUUAGGUUUGAUCCAAAAGUACAUGAGAUGAAGUGGAUGAUAACUGUGCAAGUGGAUCUUCUGUACUUGCCCCAGCAACACCCCCCCCCCCCGCCCCAUGUGCCAUCCAAAUAAUAAACUUGACAUUUAU